AUGAGUGGAGGCGGUUGUUGUCAUUAUGUGGCAACGCAUCAUCACUUAUUGAAUCUCUUUUGGUGCUAUCCUUUUGUGUCCGUAUUAAUGGCAGCAAUGAUGCUCCCAAUACUGGUGUCAAAUACGAGCAUUGUAGAUGGUGCGAAGCUCAUUGUGCGUCCAGAUUCAUCAACAGUGCCUGUCGACACGAGAGUGAGUUUCUUUUGUCGCGCCGAUGGUAAUCCCAUGCCACCGGUUGUGUGGAAGCGAAAUGGACAAUCUUUAUCUGAUCCCAGAUAUGUAACGAAGUCAUUACCAAAUGGUCUGAGUACAUUACGCAUUGAACCGGUGCGCUUAGCGGAUGGUAACUCAACAAUCAGUUGCUCAGCAGAUAACGGUGUUGGCAGUCCUGUGGUUGCAGAUGCACAUUUAACAGUACUCCCUAUUGAAUCACUGCCUUCCGGUUUUCCAGUAAUUGAAGCGCAUCCGGUGCUGAAAUCGGUUGAACAAGGACGUACAGCUCAUGUCUCAUGCCGUGUGAGGGGUGAUCCUCGACCGAAGGUGUUAUGGCUUCGCGACUUGAUGCCAAUCGAUGUGCGUUCCAACAAUCGCUAUUCAGUUUCAACACUUGGCAAUCCUGGUGCACUUAUGAUUCAACAAGCCAGGGAAGAAGAUCAAGGAAAAUAUGAAUGUGUUGCACGUAAUACCGCUGGUGUUAUACACUCCAAAGCUGCUCAUCUCUACGUUAAAGUGCGUCGAGUACCUCCAUAUUUCUCCUAUAAGCUCGAACGGCUCUAUAAAGUGGGACCAGGUGGUGCAAUCAACCUGACCUGUGUUGCAGUCGGCUAUCCAAUGCCACGUGUCUUCUGGAAGAAAUCAGACGACACCUAUUUGAAUGACCCACAGACAGCACCCAUAGGUAAAAAUGUUCUUACACUGACUCGAGUGGAACAAACGGAGAACUAUACAUGUAUAGCAGUCAGCAAGUUGGGAAAUAUUGAAGCAACAACGAUGGUUGAAGUUAGAGCGUUACCACCGGCACCGAGGAACUUGCGGAUCAUCGAGGUGACUGCAGAUAGUGUGGCCAUACGGUGGGAUGAACUGAUUCUUGAGAAUGAACCGGUGAAGAGUUAUUUGGUGCGAUAUCGACAAAAGUUAGUUUUAUCGAGAUGA